AAAAAGUUUGGCCGAAUUUGGUCGUGACGGAGAUAACGUGUGUUUGGCCGUGAAGCCUGCUUUGAGCCUGUCGACUAUCUGGCAACCCUGUUCAGUAACGUGACCCGUCAUGGAAGAAUCGAUAACGACGAAGCUCUUGUGAUGAAAAUGUUUUAUUUUAGUCUUUUGUUGUGAAAAGUUAAUCCAACAGAUAAUCAUCUGAAAAUGCUUAAUGAACCAGACAACUUUGGCUCUCUAUUAUUGCAGAUUGCGGAGGUGGUUGAUAUUAUGAAGAAUGUUUCAAAGCCAGUGCAACAACUUUUUGUUCAUGUACCAGGAGAGACAGUCUUAUGUGCAGACAUUAGUGUGCAUGAACCAGUGGAGUGUCUUAAAAUGUUUUUGAGAUAUGAACUACAGAAUAGAGCAAAUUUCUACACUACAAGAAAUAAAAAGCUAAAAACUGAUUUAUCAUUCUAUGAACAAGGCUUAGAAAAUGAAUGCAAUAUUUUCAUUCGAUUCAGUGAAGGACUUGUAGGAGGGUCAGGUAACUUUCCACAGGAACCCUCCAGUAAGUUGCAGAUUUUAAUUUUUUCACAUUUAAAAAAAUAUUAUUAUUGACAUUAUUUUUGCCGUUUAUUGUUACUACUCUUACUGCAUUAUUACUAAUUUAAGUUUCAAAAGUCAUUGUAAAUGUAAAAUCUUAUACAUAUAUCUUUGAUACUGAUGUCAUCAAAUUUGCUGAAAGUAAACUUGAAUUUCCACACACCAGUUGGUUAUGAAUAAUUGUUUGCAUACAUGUAUUAUUGGUCAUCUAUUUGUGCCCUAUUGCUUGAAUACAUUUAUAAAAUAUUAAACCAUGUACAAAAAAUCAAAUAAUUAUUGUUUUAGAUUAGAGGACGUUAAAAAUUCUUAACAUUUGCAUCUGAAUUACGAAUAUUACUGUAUAUUACAGGUAUAUAUUGUACUGUAUUAAUAUUUUAUUAUUGAGCUGUUUUAAAGACAGUUGCAUGUUU